GGGACAAAGGCAGAGAGAUCGGAAGAAGGCGAGGAGCGCUGCCCUUGUGUCUAUUCAUUUCUACUCACCGUCCGACUGAUAGACCACAACCCUUUAUUCCCGACUACAAGCCCGGGCUCCAGAGAGAGAGGACAUGGACGGCUGGCGGUGGAGUCUGCUGAUACUCGGCGCUUUGCUGUGCUUCCCAAUAGUAGCAGGACAGAACCUUUCUACUCCAUUGAAAAAAGGAAGAGUUUUCAUAGCCCAUGGAGUGGAGACGGGCAAUGGCACUGGGAAAUACUCCUACACUGUUACUCCCUUUGUUUCAAAAGUGCUCUCCGAUCCGCUGACCACCGCAUUCUUACCUGCAGUCUACAUUAUAGUGUUCAUCAUUGGCUUACCAAGCAACGCCAUUGCACUGUGGGUCUUUUUUUUCCGGACAAAGAAGAAGCACCCUUCCAUGAUUUAUAUGGCCAACCUGGCGCUGGCAGAUCUGAUGUUUGUCAUAUGGCUCCCAUUAAAGAUUGCAUAUCAUCUGAAUGGAAACAAUUGGAUUUAUGGAGAAGCUUUAUGCAAAGUUUUGAUUGGGUUCUUUUAUGGGAACAUGUAUUGCUCCAUUCUUUUCAUGACAUGCCUUAGUGUUCAGAGAUACUGGGUCAUCGUGAACCCCAUAUCCCACACAAGAAAGAACACAAAACGUGCUCUCAUUGUUUCUAUUACAAUAUGGGUGGUCAUAAUGCUGGGCACCAUUCCAUUGUAUCUGAUUAACCAAACCCUGUAUCUGUCUGACCUUGGUAUCACAACCUGCCAUGACGUCUUGCCACUGGACUUGGCAACCAUUGACAUGUUCAACUACUUCUUGGCUCUUUCCAUUGGAGUGUUCUUCCUUCCUGCCAUUCUUACUGCUGUGGUAUAUACGCUCAUGAUCAGAACUCUGACAGCAUCCAUCACAGAUGAAAGCAUUGGGAAGAAAAGAAAUAGAGCUAUAAGGUUGAUCAUUAUUGUGCUGGUCAUGUAUCUUGUCUGCUUCCUGCCCAGUAAUGUUCUGCUAGUGAUCCAUUACGGGUCGUUAAAGAACAGCUACUCGGCCAACUUGUACGCCUUCUAUAUCACAGCGCUGUGUCUUUCUUCUUUGAACAGCUCCAUUGACCCCUUUGUCUACUAUUUUGUAUCUAAAGAUUUUAGGGACCAUGUUAAAAACACGUUCCUUUGCAGAAGUGUACGAACUGUAGAGAGAAUGCAGAUCUCGUUUAGCUCAAUGAAAUACUCUCGGAAAACCAACUCCUACACGACAAAGUCAACAGACACCAACACAAGCAGCUGUUAGGUUUACUUUUCCUUGGAUUACAACGAGGAGGUGUAAACUGUGUCUCUUGAGCGCAUUUCUGCCUUAAAAUACUGAGGGACGGACGUUUUGGUCUCAGAAAAAAUUUGGAAUAUUCAGACAAGUCACACCAGCUGAGACUUCAGUCAAGGAAGUGAGGACUUUGUACAGCUAUUGUACAACUAUAUUUAAAUGAACUGUAGCCCCUCAUUAACCCAGAUUUCUGCCUUUUUGUACCAAGUUCUUCAUUGGCGGUUUUAUGAAGCCAUUUAAGGUUUUUACUGCCUAACGAUCAGCAGUGAAGCCUUUUUGACAGUUUUAUGAACCUGGGAAAGAAAACACAGAAGUUGUUUAGUGAUAGCAAAAUUAAAACGGCAACAGAGAAACAAAAGCUUUUUGUGCUACCCUGCUACGCUUUAUUAAAGGGCCUCUAACUUGGUGUUAUUUAGUUUCACUUGCGCCAGCUGACGUCAUGUGGCUUUAGUUGCACCAGCUGACGUCAUGUGGCUUUAGUUGCACCAGCUGACGUCAUGUGGCUUUAGUUGCACCAGCUGACGUCAUGUGGCUUUAGUUGCACCAGCUGAUGUCAUGUGGCUUUAGUUGCACCAGCUGACGUCAUAUGGCUUUAGUUGCACCAGCUGAUGUCAUGUGGCUUUAGUUGCACCAGCUGAUGUCAUGUGGCUUUAGUUGCACCAGCGAUGUCACAUGUGGCUUUAGUUGCACCAGCUGACGUCAUGUGGCUUUAGUUGCACCAGCUGACGUCAUGUGGCUUUAGUUGCACCAGCUGAUGUCAUGUGGCUUUAGUUGCACCAGCUGAUGUCAUGUGGCUUUAGUUGCACCAGCGAUGUCACAUGUGGCUUUAGUUGCACCAGCUGACGUCAUGUGGCUUUAGUUGCACCAGCUGACGUCAUGUGGCUUUAGUUGCACCAGCUGACGUCAUGUGGCUUUAGUUGCACCAGCUGAUGUCAUGUGGCUUUAGUUGAGCCAGCGAUGUCAUGUGGCUUUAGUUGCACCAGCUGACGUCAUGUGGCUUUAGUUGCACCAGCUGACGUCAUGUGGCUUUAGUUGCACCAGCUGACGUCAUGUGGCUUUAGUUGCACCAGCUGAUGUCAUGUGGCUUUAAGCCCAUGUCAUGAGCCAGUCGCAGCUGACGUCAUGUGGCUUUAGUUGCACCAGCUGACGUCAAUGUGGCUUUAGUUGCACCAGCUGACGUCAUGUGGCUUUAGUUGGCACCAGCUGACGUCAUGUGGCUUUAGUUGCAACCAGCUGACGUCAUGUGGCUUUAGUUGGCACCAGCUGACGUCAUGUGGCUUUAGUUGCACCAGCUGACGUCAUGUGGCUUUAGUUGCACCAGCUGACGUCAUGUGGCUUUAGUUGCACCAGCUGAUGUCAUGUGGCUUUAGUUGCACCAGCUGAUGUCAUGUGGCUUUAGUUGCACCAGCUGAUGUCAUGUGGCUUUAGUUGCACCAGCUGACGUCAUGUGGCUUUAGUUGACCUACAAGUAUGAAUAUAAAAAAUGGAGACUCAACACUUUCUAGCCAUAGACUUUUAUGAUCUGCAACCAUUGCAUUGCUCUAUGCGGAGAAACAGAAUAGAAACCGGUGUAUUUCCUGGUCAUGUUCACUUAAAGCAAGAUGUAGCUGUUAUUUCUGUGUUAUGUAAUAUAUAUAUUUGGGCACUUCAGAUGUCACAGUACUACAACUCCCAGCAUCCUUCCUGCAGUUGAAAUGGUGAAUAUAUACAUCUGAAAUUCAAAGCCUGUCUGUUUGGUGUGAUACACACAUGUCUACCAAUCGUCUUUUAUUAGUGCCAGUUCCACAUGGCCACCUUCACUGUUAUUAUAACAUUCUUCUGUGCCUUUAUGUCAGGGAUGAGACACUUGCAGCCUUUAAGGUUGUUUGGCUGAAAGAGUAAUUGCCAUUCAUAAGAAGCCCCAGUGUUACUGCUGAUCUGUUCUCUCCCGUGAUGUACUGUAUUUUUAUUUUACUGUAUUUUUGUUACUGCUUAAGAUAUGAAGUACAAUUUUAUAUAUUAAAAAGUGGCAACAUUUCAUUGUUUAUAUUAAGCAUGCCAUUAAGCAAGUUGUUUUUUUGAAUCCAUGUAAAUAAGUCUUGUUAGUACACUGUGCCCUGAAGCCAUCCCACUUGUUGCCAUAGAGGUUUUCUUACUGUACUGCCUUUAUUUUAUCCGUCACCUCUUUCACAUUAUCAUUAGUGAGGAAAUGUAAUCUGAAUAUAUAAAUUAAAACAAGAUUGUGAGGUUAAGUCAUACAAACCCCGUCACUGUGCACUCCAUUUGUCGUCACAACCUUUACACCAGCUUAAGCAACUCAAUAGGAACCAAUCAGCAGGAUCCAUUUACCUGUUACCUGUUUAAAACCAAACAUCUAAUUGGUUGCUCAGAUGCUGAAACUCUAAUAAUAUUAUAGGCAGAUAUGAUUUGCUGUCAGGAGCACUUUGGCAAAAGAUAAAUUUGUGCAUGUAUUUUAUUUGGCUAAUGAAAAUUGCACUUUAAAUGAUUAUCACAAUCUUGUUGUUUAUUGCAUGGGUUGUGACUAUAGUACAGCAAUCUUUUUUUGGUAUUGCUUUUUGAAUUUGUUCUAGAAAUAAAUACAUUUUACUGCAUUCUGA